CGCGGCCAUGGGGGAGGCGGAGGGCGGCUCGGCCGCCGCUGUGGAGAAGCCGCCGCUACCCGGGGCCGGGGCCGGAGCCGCCGCGGCGGUGGCUGCUGCCGUUGCAGCUGCGGCGGCGGCAGCGGCUUCCGCAGCCCCGGAUCCCGGGGUGCCGGCGGAGGAGGCGGUGGUGGUGUGGAGCCCUGAAGUGGAGGUUUGCCUCUUCCACGCCAUGCUGGGCCACAAGCCCGUAGGUGUGAAUCGCCAUUUCCACAUGAUUUGUAUCCGAGAUAAAUUCAGUCAGAAUAUCGGACGGCAGAUUUCUUCCAAAGUGAUCUGGGACCACCUGAGCACCAUGUAUGAUAUGCAGGCACUUCACGAAUCUGAGAUUCUUCCCUUUCCUAAUAUAGAGAAGAAUUUUGCUCUUCCUGACGAAAUGAUUCAAGAAGUGAGAGAAGGAAAAGUAAUGGUAGAAGAAGAAGUGAAAGAGGAAAUAAAAGAAGAGAUGGAAACACAUGCAGGUCCAGAAGAAGUUUUUGCGCCCUCUGGAAGUUUAGGAAAAACCACAGAAAAGCCAAGCAGCAAAGAGAAAGAGAAAACUUCAUCAGAUUCUGGGUCCAAAGAAGGGUCUGAUAAGAGGAAACGCAACAGAGUCACUGAAAAGGUCCUAAAUGCAAACAGUAAUCCCUCCAGUCCCAGUGCUGCAAAACGACGUAGAACAUAAAGCAAGCUGUGAAAAGAGAGAACUAAUAAACUGUGGGACAUUAAAAAAAAACAAACCAAACAGUAGCACAGUAGUUGCUACCUAAACUUUUUGAGAAAGGAAAAAAGAGCUGAGCCAGGAAUUUGGAAGAACCUGCACACUGGCUUGGUAAACGUGCAAGACUUGGUGUUUCCUGCUGUGUUUUCUGCCUCACUGCCUUCUCAGGGCACUGGAGAGCAAACUGGCAGCAUCUGGAGUUUUCUGGGUGGGUAACAAGGUGGUCACAUUUCAAACAACAUAACUCAUGAAACAAGUGCUCAGUGAAACACAGUGGGCAUAGGUUCCUUCUGCAGUCUGGGGGUUGGUAUUUCUGCCUUUGCUUUGUUGUUGUCUGGGAACAUCCCAGACCCUUUGUGGGUAACGUUGUUGGGCAGUUUUCCUUCCUGCAAACACCACGUUUGCAUCAAAUGUCUGAAUUUGUUGGUUCAGUAAAACUAAAGUUCUUUGAAAUACAGA